AUGGAUUCUUCUUCAGUCAACCGUAAAACCAGGAAGUCAGCGAAGACGCAGAAAGCUGAGGAUACUGUUCCUAUCCUCAACAUUGGAAAACCUUUGCAACUCAAGCAAUCUAAGGCCAGUCAGAACAUUGGAAUGGAAAUGCUUUCGAAGAAACUUCAACAUUCGACUACAACCACCCGUAGUUCUACAGCGCGUUCCGACAGCUCCAGCUUCAUGGAUAGUGAGGACAGUUGCGACGGUAGCCGUCUUCAAAUCGCUUUCAACUCGCGCAAAUCCAACUCGUCCAAAUAUGAUACUCAAGCACUGAUGCAUUUGAAGUCUUCACUGGAACCUCGUCCACUCAAACGAUGGGGAGCUGAGGUCACGUUGCAGAAUGGAAAGAUCCCGCUAUUCUACCACAAGAGCAUGGCUCGUCAGUUUCCCACCAAGGAACGUACACCGGAGCAGAUGGAAAUGCGUCGUCGCAACACGGAAGCAGCACGGCUCAGUAGGGCUAAGAUGAGGAUGGCAGAGCUCAUGAUGGAAAAGGAAGCAACGGAACUAAGCACAGAAAAUACGGGAAUCAAGCAAAUGAUCGCAUCGCAGUUGGUCUAUGCGAACGAACUUCGGAAGUUGUUGAAUAAGUCGUCGGCGAUCGAGUUGAACUAUUUCCAAAGAGUUGGCAAUAGAAAUAGUGAUUUUGCUUAA